AUGGGAGGAAAAGGCGCUUCGAAGACAUCGCUAAGCGGAGGCCAACAAACGCUUGACGGCAAAUUGAGAAGUACGAAGAAAGUGACGUUCAAAGAACCGGAUUUGGAUAAAUUGUAUUAUGAUUUGGAAGGAGUGAAAGAAGAAAAUAGGAAAUUAAGGGAAAAACUGAAGGCAGAAAGUAAAAAAACGGAAGAGGAGAAAAGUGAAUGGAAAAAGAAAUGUAAGGAACAAGAAGAGAAUAUUAAAGAGCUGAUUGACAAAUCAAAGGAAAUGGAAGCGAAAAUGGGAAAUCUGGAAGAACUUAUAUUAGAGGUUAAGGAUAGAUUAGACGCGGCGCUGGCGGUGGAAACAGCAAGGGAGACGGAGAUGGAAGAAUCGCAGUACGAAGGCGACCCGACUGAUGGCAGCACAGACGAGGACAAAGGUUCGACGUGGAGUGUGAAAAGCGGAAGAAGCCACAUGAGCAGACGAAGUUUGGCGAGCGGCGUGAGCGCUACCAGUGGGGCAACUAGCUGGGUAAGUAACAACUCGGAACGUUUUACUAAUAGGAAAGUGUUGAAAAUGAAAAAAAUGAUGUAUGACAAGGAUAAAUUAGAAAGAGCAUGCAAUAUUGUUAUAAAGGGUGUUAAUCAACAUAUAGAAGCGAUAGAAAAAAACGAGAACACUGAAUCAAAAGGCGACUAUAAAGGGUGGGUGGAAAAAUUUUUAAGCUUCAAGCUGGGAACCUCAGUGAAAGCUGUCAAUGCAAGGGUGAGCGGUGGGAAAGAAAGAGUGAUUAUAGUUAAAUUGGAAAAUGAAAAUGUAAAAAAAAAUAUUAUGAAGAAUAAAAGUAAAUUAAAGGGCACCACUAUAUAUAUAGAAAACGAUCUGACGUAUGAGGAAAGGAAGAAGCAAGAAGAAAUAAAAAAAUGGGUAUAUGAAAAAAAAGAGAAGAAAAACAAAACAAACGACAAACCAAAUAGCACGAUGAAAAAGCUAGAGAAACUUAGGACAAAAGAGACUAUAAAUAGAGGAAAAAAGACAGUACGCCAAAAUGAAAAACAAGAAAUACAGAAAAAUAGGAAAAAGUUAAUGUUUUGGAACGUGGCAGGGAUAUUUAGUAAAGACAUGGAUUUCUGGAGGUACAUAGAUGAAAAUGAUUUUGUGAGCCUGACGGAAACUUGGAUUGAAAAUAAAAAUGCAGAAAAGGUAAAAUCGAUACUCCCGGAAAACUUUGAAUGGGAAAUAAUAGAUGCGAGAAAAAAACAUAAAAAAGGAAGGGCCGCUGGAGGUUUCAUUAUAGGAAUAAAGAAAAACUGGACAAAAAAAGAAUGCAUAAAAAUUGAAGAAGUAGAAGAAGGGCUAGUAAAAACAGAGAUUAUAGGUAAAAAAGACAAAUACGUAAUAUGGUCAGUUUAUAACUCGCAAAACACUGAAAAAAUUCUAGGUAAACUUGACAAAUACGAACACAAAGAAAGAGAAAAAGUAGUUAUAGGAGGAGAUUUUAAUAUAAGGAUAGGUGAAGAGGGAAAAUACUUAGACUUUGAUAGAGGGGGGGAAUACGUACACCGAAAAAGCAAGGAUAAAAAGUGUAGUAAUAACUGGGAAAAAUUGAUUGACCUUAGUGAAAACAAGGGAUGGAAAAUUUUAAAUGGAAAUACAGAAGGCGACAGAGAAGGAGAAUUCACAUUUAUAGGCACAAGGGGAUGCACUGUAAUUGAUUAUAUAUUAGUCAAUGAUGAAAUAUGGGAAAAGGAUAUAAAUUUUGAAAUCCAAGAACGUGUAGAAUCAGACCACUUACCACUAAUUUUAGAAAUAAAAGGAGAAAAUAUAUUAGAAAAAAGCCAAAAAACAGAAAGAGAACUUGAAGCAACAAAAAAAGUUAUUAUUUGGAACGACGAGACAAUUGCAUAUUUUAAAACUAAAUCAAGGGAGCUGUGCAAUCAAAUAGAAGAAAAAAAGGAGGAUAGUGUUGAAACUAGAUGGAAAGAUACUAAAGAAAUUAUUGAAAAAUCAUGGACAAAGGUAGAAAAAAAGAUUAUAAAAAAAAGAAAACUAGGUUAUAAAACGUGGUGGAAUAAAGACUGUUCAAAACUAAAAAACAAAGCAAAAAGAGAAUAUGGAAAAUGGAAAUUAGGUAAAGUAGAAAAAGAAAAUUAUCUAGAGGCAAGGAAACUCUGGAAAUUAAAAUGCAAGGAAAGAGAACUUGAAUGGAAGGAUGAGCAAUUAAACGAACUGAAAAACUUGAAAAGAGAAGGUCAAGUAUGGGAAUACAUAGGUAAAUUUAGGAAGAAGAAUAGAAAGGGUAUGGGUAAAAACGAAAUUACAUUAGAACAAUGGAAACAUCAUUUUGAAAAGCUUUUAAAAGGGUCUAAUAAUAGAAUUUUAGGUGAAAAGCGAAUUUUAGAAUCUGAAAUUACUGAAAGGGAAAGAAUCACGGCUACAGAAAUAAAACUGGCAUGGAAAAACUUAAAGAAAAAAAAGGCACCGGGAUGGGACGAUAUACCACACGAGGUAUGGAUACACGGGAGUGAUGAAAUAAUAAACAAAUUAGUAGCGAUAAUCGAAAAGAUCUGGGACGGGGAAGAGAUACCGGAAGAUUGGAAAACGGGAGUUAUAGUUACCAUAUAUAAGAACGGUGAUGCCAAUGAUACCAAUAACUACAGAGGAUUAACCUUGUUACCGACAGCGUAUAAAUUAUACGCAGAAGUAAUUAGGAAAAGACUUGUUGAGGAAGUAGAAGGAAAAAAAUUAUUACCAGAAUGUCAAGCCGGAUUCAGGAAAGGAAGAUCGACCUUAGACAACAUAUUUGUAUUAGACCAUCUAAUUAGGAGAUCGAAAAAGAAAAAACAAAAGUUAUACGCCUUAUUCAUAGAUCUAAAGAAGGCUUUCGAUACGAUUAAUAGGAAAAAGCUAUGGGAAAUUUUAGAAAAAAUAGGAAUUAGUCAAUAUCUGAUCGAAAGGCUGAAGGGAAUGUACGAAGAAACCAAAGCUAGAAUUAGAACUGAUAAAGGCUUUACCGAAGACCUUUGGAUAGGUCUCGGGCUGAGACAAGGUUGUGUGUUGAGCCCAAUAUUAUUUUGUCUAUACAUAAGUGAACUUGAAAAUGAAUUUAGAAAAAGAAACAUAGGGGGAAUAAAAAUAGGUAAUAUUAGGAUCUGGAGUCUAGAUUAUGCUGAUGAUUUAGUAUUAUUAGCCUUGAAUAGGGAAGCACUUUUGGAUAUGAUAGACACGCUUAAAAGGGUUUUGAAAAUAAGAGACUUGAUAUUAAGUACAGAGAAAAGCAAAAUUUUAGUCUUUAACAAAAAGACAAAUGAAAAAAAAGAAAGCUGGAAAUAUGAAGGAAGUGACAUGGAAGAGGUUAAGAAAUUCAAGUACCUAGGUUUUAUAUUCAACUCAGAAGGAAACUACAGAGAUCACAUAAAAGAACUAAAAAAGAAGGGUAUGGCAGCAGUUAAAGAAGUAUGGGGAUUAGGAGAAAGAGCAUUCAAAAAUGACAUUAAUAGGAGAACGCUGUUAUUUAAUUAUUUAGUAAGAAGCGUAAUGGAAUAUGGGGUGGAAAUUUGGGGAUGGGAAGAGAGAAAAGAAUUAGAAGAAAUACUGUUGAAAUAUUGGAGAUGGACAUUAGGCUUAGAUUUUUGCACGGCGAGAUAUUUGAUCUACAGAGAAAGCAAUAGUGAAAAAAUGAAGGGAAGGUUUGCCAUUAGGGCACUGAAAUUUGAAACAAGAAUAAGAAAAAAAGAGGAAAACAGACUAAUAAAAAUGUGCUGGAACGAAAAAAGAGAAAGCGGACUAGAAGACGAAUAUAUGAAAGAAAAAGAAAAUUAUUUAAAUAGCAUAGGAUUAAGUACAAUAGCAAUAGAAAGCAUGACAAGUCGAGAUACAAUGAAAUGGUAUAAAGAGAUAAUGAUUAGUGGCAAACCAGAAUACUUGACUAAAGGAUACAGAAACUACAAAGACAUUGCAAGACUAAGAUGUGGAAAUUUAGAAAAUGCUAAUAAGUACUGGGAGACCGAAGAGAAAAAAAUAUGUGACCUGUGUGGAAAAGAAAAAAGCACAUUAAAACACCUAGUCGAAAAUUGCGAGGUAACAAAAAAUUGGGAAAUAGAUACACGAAAAAUUGAAUUUAAAGAUAUGGAAAAAAUCUGGGAAGGAAAAAAUAGCGAUGUGGUAGUAAAAUGGAUUAGAAAGUUGGAAAAAGAAUGCAGUUUGCACUUGCUCCUCGACGACGACGACGAGGACGACGAGGACGAUGAUGAUGACGCGGACGCGAGAACAGAAAGAAGAGGGCUGCGAAUUACAGAAAAGCAGCAACAGCAACAAGGAGAAUUAAAAAAAAAGGUGUCGUCAAAGGUUUGGGUAUCUUUCUGCCGUUUGUAA